AUGGCGGAGGGAGAGCGGGCGGGGAGCGGCGGCGGCGCCGGCCCCGGGCGGCCCCCGAGCUCCGCCGACCUCCAACGGGCCGAAGAGCUGAAGGCCCGCGCCAACGAGUUCUUCAAAGGUAGCGGCGGGCAACGGCGGGUGGUGAAGGUGCGGCCCAACGACAAGGACGCCAAGCUCAAGUUCCAGGAGUGCCACCGCAUCGUCAAGCAGAAGGCCUUCGAGAGGGCCAUCGCCAGCGACGAGCACAAGCGCUCCGUGGUGGACUCGCUGGACAUCGAGAGCAUGACCAUCGAGGACGAGUACAGCGGCCCCAAGCUGGAGGACGGCAAGGUGACCUUGGCCUUCAUGAAGGACCUGAUGCAGUGGUACAAGGACCAGAAGAAGCUCCACAGGAAAUGUGCCUACCAGAUCCUGGUGCAGGUGAAGGAGGUGCUGGCCAAGCUGCCCACCCUGGUGGAGACCACCUUGAAAGAGACGGAGAAGGUGACGGUGUGCGGGGACACCCACGGCCAGUUCUACGACCUGCUGAACAUCUUCGAGCUCAACGGGCUCCCCUCCGAGGCCAACCCUUACAUUUUCAACGGGGACUUCGUGGACCGCGGCUCCUUCUCGGUCGAGGUCAUCCUGACGCUCUUCGGCUUCAAGCUGCUCUACCCCGAGCACUUCCACCUGCUCCGAGGGAACCACGAGACGGACAACAUGAACCAGAUCUACGGCUUCGAGGGCGAGGUGAAGGCCAAGUACACGGCGCAGAUGUUCGCCCUCUUCAGCGAGGUCUUCGAGUGGCUGCCCCUGGCCCAGUGCAUCAAUGGCAAAGUGCUGAUCAUGCACGGGGGGCUCUUCAGCGAGGACGGGGUGACCCUCGAUGACAUCCGCAAGAUCGAGCGGAACCGGCAGCCCCCAGACUCAGGGCCGAUGUGUGACCUGCUCUGGUCGGACCCCCAGCCCCAGAACGGCCGGUCGGUCAGCAAGCGGGGGGUCAGCUGCCAGUUUGGCCCCGAUGUCACCAAGCGCUUCCUGGAGCGGAACCACCUGGAGCUGAUCAUCCGCAGCCACGAGGUCAAGCCCGAGGGCUACGAGGUGGCCCACGAUGGCCGCUGCGUCACCGUCUUCUCCGCCCCCAACUACUGGUGAGGGACAG